ACAUUUUUCUGUGUAUUUCACUGCUCUUUGCUUGAUGCCUGGCACAGGGUCAAAACUUUUUAUUUAUAAGUUGAAUGAAUGAAGCAGUAGGCCAGAACUGAAAAGUCAGAGAAGAUACAGAGCUCCAAGCUGCUCCAGGCUGCUCCAGCCUCCAUCAUGGGAAGCUCCAGGGAGUCAACUAAAUAAAACACUCAGUUUUUUACUCUUCAUCGUGCUGCAGCAAACUAGACCAGUUCUGUCUAACAAAUAUAACACGUAGGUCAUGUACGAGGCUACUUCAGAAGGACACCAGUUAUCCCUGUAUCGAGAGGCAUGGAGAUGGCACCAUCCAUUCAGAUUUGCAAGCUGACCUGAAGUGGUCUUGGCAUCAAGGAAAGGAGCGUUCGGGCAGAUUUCAUCAUCAGCCUCACAGCAUGGCAGCCAUUGAUUUGUCCCAUGGAGGGUGUGUUUCUAGGGAUGUAAUCUGCCUUCGUGAAGGAAAGAUACAGGCAGCAAAGAUGGUGGCUGACUGUCUAAUGAGUAAUAAUCAGGACUCAGUGACCUUUGACGAUGUGGCUGUGGAGUUUAGCCACGAAGAAUGGAUUUUAUUGGAUCAAACUCAGAGAAACCUAUACAGAGAUGUGAUGCUGGAGAACUACAAGAACCUGGCCACAGUGGGAUGUCAGCUGUUCAAACCUAGUUUGAUCUCUUGGCUGGAAGAAAAAGAGCUGAGGACAGUGCAGUCAGGAGUUUUCCAAGAAUCACAGUUGAGAACAAAAGGGUCAGCCCUUGAGCAGGACAUUUUUUGGUUAAAAACAUCAAAUGAGAUACAAACGGCAGGAAGUCACAGUGGAGGGGAAUUCUGUGACUGGAAGCAAUGUGGAGAAAUAUUCAGUGAGCACUUAUGCUUUAAGACACACAUGGGAACUCAAAAUACACAGAACACUUAUGACUAUAAUCAGUAUGGGAAGGAUUUUCUUACUCUGCAUAAGAAAACCUCUACUGGUGUGGAAUUUUCUGUGCUGAAUCACUGUGGAAAAGCCCUUAGCCUGACUCCAAAUAUCAUUUCCCAGAGAACAUGCCCACAAGACAAGUCCUUUGAAUGCAGUGACUGUGGGGAAGCGUUCUUUAAUUCAUCAAACCUUCAGGUACACAGGAGAUCUCACACUGGAGAAAAAGUCUACAAAUGGAAUCAGUGUGGGAGAGCUUUUACUCAGACCACAAGCCAUGCUGUGCCUAUUCAAAUGCAUACUGUAAAAAAAUCCCCCGAAUGUAAUGAAUGUGGCAAAGUCUUUAGAUAUUCUGCAUAUCUUAAUAAUCACAGGCAAAACCGUACUGGGGGGAAACCCUAUGAAUGUCAGGAAUGUGGGAGAUCCUUCACUGUUUCUUCAAGCCUAACUGAACAUGUAAGAAUUCAUGCUGGAGAGAAGCCCUGUGAAUAUAUGGAAAAGAAGCCCUAUAAAUGUAAGGACUGUGGGAAAGCCUUCACUGGGCACUCAGGACUUAUUAAUCAUGAACGAACACACACUGGAGAGAAGCCCUAUGAAUGUAAGGAAUGUGGAAAAGCCUUUACUAUGUAUUACCGACUAACUGAACAUUUAAGUACUCACACAGGGGAGGAGACCUUUGGAUGUAAGGUAUGUGGGAAAUCCUUUAGAAAUUCCUUAUCCCUUAAUCGUCACAGUCGAGUUCACACUGGAAUAAAGCCCUAUGAGUGUAAGGACUGUGGCAAAACCUUCACUUGGCGCUCCGACCUUACAAGACAUACAAGAACUCACACUGGAGAGAAGCCCUAUGAAUGUAAGGAAUGUGGGAAAGCCUUCAGUACAUUCUCAGGUCUUAUUGAACAUAUAAGAAUUCACACUGGAGAAAGGCCUUUUGAGUGUAAAGAUUGUGGGAAAUCCUUCACUGUUUCCUCAAGCCUAACCGAACAUAUAAGAAUUCAUACUGGAGAGAAGCCCUAUGAAUGUAAGGAGUGUGGAAAAGCUUUCACUGCAUGCUCAGGGCUUACUAAACAUGUACGAACACACACUGGAGAGAAGCCCUAUGUAUGUAAGGAAUGUGGGAAAGCCUACAGCAGGUUUUAUUUACUAAAUGAACAUUUAAAACAUCACGUGGAGGAAAAGCCCUUUGAAUGCAAGGUAUGUGGAAAAUCCUUCAGAAAUUCCUCAUGCCUUAAUAAGCAUGUUCGAAUGCACUCUGGAGAGAAACCCUAUGAAUGCAAGGAAUGUGGGAAAGCCUUCACUGUUUCUUCGAGCCUAACUGAACAUUUAAGAACUCACACAGGAGAGAAGCCUUAUGAAUGUAAGGAAUGUGGAAAAUCCUUUGCUACAUCCUCACACCUUAAUGUGCAUAUAAGAACUCACACUGGAGAGAAACCAUAUAAGUGUAACGAGUGUGGGAAAGCCUUUGCUUCAUCCUCCCACCUUGUCGAACAUACAAGAACUCACACUGGAGAGAAACCCUAUAUAUGUAAGGAAUGUGGGAAAGCCUUCCGUGCUUCCUCACACCUGCAUAAACAUAUAAGAAUUCAUACUGGAGAGAAACCAUAUAAAUGUAAGGAAUGUGGAAAAGCCUUUACCGUUUCUUCAAGCCUAACUGAACAUUUAAGAACUCACACAGGAGAGAAGCCCUAUGAAUGUAAGGAAUGUGGAAAAUCUUUUACCACGUCCUCAUACCUUAUUGUACAUAUAAGAACUCACACUGGAGAGAAACCCUAUAAAUGUAAGGAAUGUGGGAAAGCCUACAAUAGGUUUCAUUCACUAACUGAACAUUUUAAAAUUCACACUGAAGAGAAACCCUUUGAAUGCAAGGAAUGGGGAGAAUCCUGUAGUAAUUCCUUAUAUGUUAGUUAUGACAUUCGAACUCACGCUGGCGAGAAACCUUAUUAAUACAGGAAAUUUGAGAAAGCCCUCAAUUAUGCCACUACAUUUAGAAGACAUGAAAAAACUCUUAAGGUGCCCCAUCAAUUUAAGGAAUGUG